UAACCGCUGUUAACAAUCGGUGCCCGCGGCUCCUUGGCCAUGCGAGUGCCCUGCGAGCUUCUGAGCGCAGGGAAAGGGACUCGGUGGCGGCGGUGAAUGCUGCGACGCGCGUCGUGACUCCGAGCCUUCCUCCCCUUCUUCCAGCUCCUCGGUCGGGAGGAUGAAGAAGGUGAAGAGGAUCCUGGGACUGGGGAAGAAGAAGAGCGAGCGGCAGUCGCCGUCCCGGAGCCGCGUCGUGGCUUGCGCCUCAGCCCGCCUCUGUAGCGGCGGCGACGGCCGCAAGUUGCAGGGCAAGGAGCUGAGCAAGCUGCACCGGGCGGCGGCCGAAGGAGACCUCGGGGAGCUCCGGCAUCUCCUGCAGAAACAAGACAUCAACGCAAAGGAUAGAGCCGGCAGAACACCUUUGCAUUUUGCCUGUGCUAAUGGAUAUAUAGAUAUUGUUACUUUCUUGGUGGACAACAAAUGCCAACUAGAUAGCUGUGAUGAAGAGAAGAGAUCUCCAUUAAUGGAGGCGGUGGAAUGUCAGCAAGAAUUCUGUGCAAUUUAUCUGCUUGAACAUGGAGCAGAUCCUAAUCUGAAGGACAUAGACAAUAACACUGCCCUCCACUUUGCUGCCUCUAAUUCUAGUGUAUCUCUAGCAAAAUAUCUGCUUGAAAAGAAAGCUGACAUUGAAGCACAAAAUAAGGAUGGUUGCACACCGUUAAUUGUUGCUGUGGCUGAAAAUAAUCGAGAAAUGGUAGAGUUUCUUCUUCAACAAAACGCAUCUGUGCAUGCCACAGAUAAAUUGGGAAGAAUUCCACUAUUGAUUUCUUGUUCUAAUAAAAAACGUGACAUAACUCAUCUUCUCCUCCUUCAUGGAUCCAAUGUUGCCCAUAGAGAUAAAAGUGGAUGGUCAGCAAAAGAUUAUGCUCUGAUUAGUGAUGAUUCUAUCAUUAAGGAAUAUGUUGCUAAAUAUUCCAGCUGCAAUAAUAGAGAAGAGAGUCAAGAAAAAGGCAGAGAUACUGGUUUGACACUUGGUGCUCCUGCUAAAAAUAAAGAAGUUCUUGAUAACCACUCUUCUGGAGACUCUACAAGCAAUUCUGAAAAAACAGAUGAUGAUAGCUGGCUUUCUUCAGAAGAGGAGGAACUAGACUCCAGUCCCAAGAAACCAGAAAAACCAAGUUUGGCUCAGCUAAUGAAAGUUCCAUGGGACUUCUUGAAAAAAUUAGAUGAAAAAGAUUGCACUAUCCCAACAGAACCCUUAGGCAGUUCACAGCAAAAUAAAGCAGAUUAUGAAUUUGAAGAAUGCAAUGAAUCCCUUCCUAAGCCUUUGUUCCAAGUCAAAACCUUCCCUCAUUCUGUCCAUUCCUCACCUGGCUCCUUUUCCAAAUGUUCCCAGAGAACAUUGCAUUCUAAACAGGAGAAGCCUUCAAAAGAUGAAGAAGGUGGUGAACAGGAUAUUGCCAAUAAAAAAAAUUUAGUUGCUAAAUCAACUUUGGGUGAGGACAAAGAUGAAGAGGAAAAGUAUACAGAAUCUCCAUGGGAUUCAGAAUGUACUUCAGAAAGCCCCAGGAAGCCAACUAUUAGUUCUCUACCUACAUCUCCUGCCAAAACUGGAAUACGUAUGCACAGUAUUAUAGAAGAACCAUUUAAUGGAAAACCAGGUUUACAGCAAAAUAUCUCAAAAGAAAACUUGGUAUGUGAAUCUCCUGCUCCUGUUGUAAAAAAGACAAUCAUAGAAAAGCAAAAAUCAGAUUUAAUUGAAGAACUUGGUCUGGAUGAAGCAGAUGAUAUUGAAGAUACAUCUGACUGGGAUUCUACCAGUAUUUCUCUUGAAAGUAUUCCAUGUGUUAAACCAGAUGACUUGUUUAUGUUGGAAGAUCAUGUAUCUCCACAAUUAAUAAAAACAAAUGUUACACCUGAAAUCUCCGUGCCUGUGAAGGAAGUCUCCCGUGCUCAAAAUGUAAUUUCUUCAAAAGGUCAGCAAUAUAUUGAACACAAAACCAUCAAAGAAUUUAAAAGUAAAAGCAAGGAAAAAUACCUGUUAAACACAUCCAGCUAUGUAGAAAAAUCAACACAUGAAAAAAAGACUGACAAGACUGAAAUUGAAUAUGCUGAUGAUGAAAAUGUAACUAAAGCACUCAUUCAUAGCGAAGAAGCACAUAAUGACUGCAAUCAUUUUAAUUCAAUACAUUGGGAAGAAAAAUAUGAAAAAAUGUGGGUUGCAAAUGAAAAAAAGGAAGUCAAGGCAAAUUUUAAGAGUAUUACAGCAGAACUAAAACAGAUGUUUGGAGAAAUUAAAGUUUAUGAGAAAAUGAGUAGCACUCCAAGCAAAGAUGGUUUCUAUGGUGCAGUAGAAGACAUAAAAGAAACACCACCUCAUCUACAAAACAUAAAAAUGGAUAUUCAAGGAAAGGGUGACAUUGAAGAUGUAAGAUCUGCUGUUGCAGAAAGGGAAUUAAAUACUGAUGUCUGGAACACAAAUAAGAACCCACUGUCUAAUAAUGCAAAUGGAACGAAAGUAAACAUCAGUGAAGGAAGGAGUAACAAUUCGAUUAUACAACUGAAAGGAAAUGUAGAUGGGACUACAGCUGUAGAAAAAUGUCUUGAAUAUUCAUUGCAAAGUCAUGGCAACAUUACCAAAGAUGCUAAUCAACCAAUUACCCCAAACAACGUAUACAAACAUAUUGGUGUAACAAAAAAUCCAAGUGAAGAAACUGAAUACCAUUUUAAUAACAGUAUCAAUAGUUCUAAAGGUACUGAUUUUGAAAUUGGAAAUAAAGCAAAAAAUCAUAAACGAGUAUGUCCCCAAAUAUCCAAAAAAGAUCUGGAUGAAGAAUUAGAAGGUGAUGUUGCAAGAUUUAAAAAUCAGGUGGGAAUACUGCAUUCAGCUUUCCUCGCUUUGGAGAAAGAAAAGAACCAACUGCAAAAAGAGAUUGAAGAGGAAAAAAUAAAAAAAGAAUUUGAAUCCGAAGGAAAAAAAAGUGCUAAUGCUGAAAUUCUGGCUGUGAAUAAUGAUGAGAAAAUAGAGCAAAAACAUUCAAUAAGUGAAAUCCGACAUAUUACUGCAGAAAGUGUUUUCCCAAAAGAUAAAAAGGAAGCAAUUUGUCCAGGUUUAAAAGCUACAAGAAAAAGCGAAAAUAAAAGGCGGAAUUCUAAACAGAAGGUCAGUCAACAGCUUUGUAAUAAUCUGCAUCAGCCACAAGAUGAGAGCAGUUUGAGUGAAGGAUCACUUGAAGAAAGAUAUCCAGCCAAAUCUGUGAAAAGAAAAAAUAAGCUUUAUAGAACAUUGAGUAUUACUAAUGAUCUGGAUGACUUAACUCCAUCUUCAGAUUCAACUACAGAGGAUAUUGAGUCGCUUUCUUCCAUUUAUAAGGAAGCUAUAGUGCUGAUAGAAGAACUUAGUUUAGAUUGUAAAGUAGAUUCUGUAAAUCUCUUGAAAGUUCAGAAUAUAUUUCAUGGAUAUGAACGACUAAUUGAACAUGAGAAGGGGCGUUAUACUCAAUUGCUUGAAAAAGUAAAAAAAUUCAAAAAUCACAGAAAUGAAUGGCAAAAAAAUCUGGAAGACUUGAAAGAGAUGAAAUCUAUAUUGGAUCAUCAAAAAGUACAAUAUGAAAGUGAAAUCACCAGUCUGAAAUUUUGUCUGAAACAAGAGGAAGAAAAAAGAAUAGGAGCUGAUGUACUAAAUGAGAAAAAUCAAGAGCAGUUAAAGAAGAAAGAUGAGCAGUACUGUAUGCAGAUGGAAGAAAAACAAGAGCUUGAAUUGAUGUUGAGAAGCAAAGAAAUGGAGUUAAAAACACUAACAAACCACCUGAAACAGGUUGAAGAAGAACGCAAUGAAACACAUAGACAACUUUGUCAAGAACAAAAUGCCAGAGCCAUACAAGAAGAUAUUUUAAGUACCCACUUCUGGAGGCAGAAGGAAUUGGAAGAAGAAUCAAAAAAAGUAGCAAGUAAACAUUCAGAGAUAAUUGAUAAUCAUGACCAUGAAACAGAAUUAUUACAGAGAAAUCAAAAACUCCAAGAUGAAGUUGCUCUAUUAAAAUUAGAACUUGAGCACAUCAGGAUUCAACAUCAGGAGGAUGAAAGCAAAUAUUUGGAAGAAAAUGAAAGUUUGAAAGAAAAAAAUGAAGAACUUAAAAAAGAACUGAAACUAAAUGAAGACGCUUUGACUCAAACGGUUUUUCAAUACAAUGGACAAAUAAAUGUAUCACAAACUGAGGUUGCAAUGGUAGCAUCCAAAUUGGAACAUUUCAAGGAAAAUAAAGAAAGAUUGGAAAUAGAACUUGAUUCACUACGGUCUCGUUUGAGUUCUGCUCUUCAGGAACUUGAUCGUUGUCAGGUAUCAAAAAGUGAUCUUGAACGAUUGCUUCAGCGAGAGAGGGAUGAAUGGCUCCGCUUAAAAGAUAAAUUGAACCACGAUGUAUGUACUGUACGAGAAAUAAACAGUGGCUUGUCUCAACAGUUAGCGAAAGCUGAAAGUAAAGCUAAUAGUCUAGAAAACGAGCUUCACCAUGCAACUCACGGUCUCCGGGAAAAGAACUUGCUGUUAGAUAGUAUUCAAAGAGACCUAAACCAGUCACAGUGUCAAGUAAAAGAACUUGAAAAUGCACAACAAGUCGCAAAGGAUCAAAUAAACAAAUAUGUAAUAAAACAGGAAUCUAUGCAAGAACGUUUAGCACAAGUCCAAAGUGAAAAUCUCUUACUUCGACAACAACUUGAAGAUUUUCAGAACAAGGGCAUUAUCAAAGAAAAAGCAGUGACUGAUGUUCAAGAUAAAUUCAGUGAUAUUUUUAAUAAGCUCAGAGCUGAUACUGAAAAGCAAGCUCAGAUAAUGGAAGAGAGAAAUAAAGAAUUAAUCACAAAAUGUAAUAAUUUAAAGGACCAAGUCAUUAAAUAUGAAUCUGACAAAAUAGACAGAGAGAGUACAAUAAGGCAAUUGCAGCAAGAGCUUGCAGAUUCCCUCAAAAAACAAUCCAUGACAGAAGCUUCAUUGGAAGUUUCAACACGUUAUCGUAUUGACUUGGAGGAGGAUAAACAGCAACUUCUGAAGGAAAUAGAAAGGAUGAAAUGUAAGUUGCAAGAUUCAGAAGCACAGACUAUCCAUUGUGAAAGAUCUACUCAUGAAUUAAAACAUGCUUUGGAUAUUAAGGAACUUGAAGCAAGUGCGGCAUCUCAGAAACUACAGGAUCUUCUGGUAGCAUCAUCAGAAACAAAUAAUACUAUAAAACAAUUAGAAGAGCAUAUACAGAGACUUGAAAUAGAAAAUGCCAGAUAUGAAGCUACAACGAACCAGCAAUGUAAUAGAAUUGAGAUACUUCAAAAAGACCUACAGGAUAGUGUUUCUGUUCAUAAUCGUCUUGAAGAAUUGAUAACCAGUUUACAGACAGCAAAAAUCAAUUUAGAGGAACAACUAAACCACCAGGCCCAGAAGGAAAAUAUGCUUUCAGUAACGGCACAUGAUGCUCAUCAGAAUUUGUGGGAAAAAGAACUGAAAUUGAAAUCAAAACUUGAGAUUCGCCUUUCUGAGCUUGAUAAGGAAAAGACAGAACUAAUAUCUCAGUUUGAGAAUGAAAAGAAAAAAAUAAAGAAGGUACUAGAAUUAAAGCGAUCAGUGGAAACGCGACUAGAUCAAGAAAUGAAAAGGAACAAUGAAUUACAAAAAGAAUAUAAUGGUAUAAAAAAAGUUCUAAAAAUAACCAAAAAGAAAUUAAAAGGUUAUGAGAGUGGAGAAAGUUCAUCUCAAGUCAGCUUACAUGGAGAAAUAAAGAAUAAAUAUUCAGAAAUCGACAAUGAAGUUGGAAAACUUAGAAAAAGGGUUGAUGAACUUUCUCGCCAUUUGGAGGUUAUGUCAACAAGAAGUACCCAGUUGGAAUCUACCAAUUGUGAACUGCGUGAACAAUUAGCAUCUAUGAAGAUAUUCCAUAAGAAUCAUGAAAAAUUAGAAAAAAGCAAAUUGCAAUUAGAAGAAGAGGUAGCUAAGCUCAAACGCCAAGUACAGAGUAACUUAAUAGAUCUCAGCCAAGUGGAACAAUACAAGAGAGAGAUCGAAGAACGAGCUAAACAAGAGAUAAGACAAAAACUGGAAGAAGUCAAUUUCUUUUUGCAGACACAGGCUGCUUCUCAAGAAACUUUGGAACAGAUAAGAGCUAAUAGUAAUGCUUCUUUGAGAAAUCAAUUGGAGAACAAAAUUAAAGAAUUAGAAUCAGAGUUGACCAAAUUUAAAAACAGCCAUCAAGAUAGCAUAUUACAAAAAGAAUCUACACAUACAGAAUUGGAAAAAUAUAAAGGAUUGUAUUCAGAAGAAAUAAAAAUACGGAAAUCUUUGGGGAGCAAAUUGGAUAGAGCUAAUGCGAAAUUAGCAGAAGCCAACACUCAACUCUAUUAUGAGCGUCACAAAAACAAGUCUUUACUUGCCAACAGCUUUAUAAGUGGAAACCUCUCUUCAAGUCCUAUCCUGGAAACAGUUCAGAUGGGAAAUCUUGGCAACAAUUUAGCAUUAAAUAAAUCUCUUAACCUUGGAGGAGGAUUCCUGAACACAAAUGGAACUGCAUUAGCCUCAAAAAACAGAAUGGAAGCUUACUUAGCAAAGAUGCGGAUGGAAUUAGAAAAAAGAAUCACAAAAGAACUGGACCAAGCUAAAGCUGAACUUGAUGCCGGAUCUGUUAGAGUCUCCCCUGUAGGAUCAAUUGAUGGAUCUUCAACAAAAUCAGAUAUAGACCAAGAUCAAGUUUCCAAGGCAAAACAGCAGUAUCUAGAUGUUUUAAAGAAAAACUAUAUGAUUUGAAUAAACUCUGCAAACUUGUAGAUAUGACUUGAUUACUUAACUUUUCAAUAGGAUGCAUAUUUGGCACAGUGCACUUGUUAUGUACAAAAAAUACUUAAUAGUCUUGUGGUCCCUAUUUUGUUUUUUUCACAACCCCCAUAUUUUUUCUUUAGUAAAUUCACACUAGCCUAUGACCUAUAAAACUGCCUUUGUUAAGUUUGUAUAUGUAUAUUUAAAAAGUCAUUCCUAGAUCUGCUCUUGUACUUUUAAUUAAUUUGCAUGUUGUCAGGUAAGUUACUGUUUUUCUGAUACAUUUACUUUAUGCCUUCAAAUGCAUUCCAUAUACAUGGCAUUUCUACUUCUGUUAAUCACUUUUACAUAGGUUCAGCAUUAGGCAUCCUAUACUGAUAUGCCAUUACAGCAGUAGUGCCAAGAGAAAUCUGAUCUGUAUUUUUAAGUAGUGCUAAAAAUGCACUGAUGAUUUGAUUAUAACAAAAUUUCAAGCAUUUUCUGUAUCUUGAACUAAUGGUUCAGGCUAUUGUUUAUUUUUUAAAGGUGGUGCCCUGGUGCUGUAAGGUAUCAGGUGCCAUUGAUAUAGCAUAUACUCUAGUGAUACAGUGUGUCCCAAGUUUACAAUUUCUGGAAAUUCUAUUAAUUUGAACAUUAGCACAUAGGAAGUUUACACACACCCCAAGAUGUAUCACAACUUUUAGCAGCUCCAUUCAUUAGAACAGUGAUGGCGAACCUAUGGCACGCGUGCCACAGAUGUCU